GAGGUCUGAGCCAGCCAUCAUAACUACACAAUAUGCAAGUUUUACUGGUACUGGUGUUGACCAGUGUCAUCAGCAACAAUCACAGCAUCAUCACUUGGAUCAGCUUUAAAUAUACUCGUGUUGAUGCGAGUGUGGGGGUAUUCACAGGGCGCCCUUUUCCCUAUCCCCAACUGGUGGAUUCAACUUCUCAGCUGAUGGAUGGAUUACUUGUGGAUGCCUGGUUGUGGAUUUCCCGGACUUUAAGAGAAAUAUACAUUUCCCCUUGGCAGCCACACACACACACGGAUCGAUCGUGUAAGAGACAAAAAAAAGGAAAAGAAUAAAAUGCAACAAACACACGAAGAGGGUCGAAAAUAAAAGACGCCACCAAUGGCAAGUCGCUAGACUGGGCGGGGUCGCCCGUCGACUCCUGCCGCUCGACCAAUGGACGAACGAAUUCAAACUCCGCCCAUCAGUCCCCGGCGAUGGGCGGUGGCGACGAGGUGAGGUUGCGGGAGUUGGGAGAGAGAAGGAGGAGUCUGAAAUUUGGCGCCUGAUGGCUGGGCAGUCGCCGCUGGAUGUGGCUUCGGUCCGGUUCCUCACGUCACUCUGUCCCCAGUGACAUUUCGAUUAUUUAUUCAUCGCCGCCACCAGCAGCAGCAGCAGCAGCAACUCGACUGGGCCUUUCAAACCACACGGCGUUUUGACCCGUACCAACAUCCCGUGUGUUUUUUUGUUUGUCCGUCGAGAGUGACGUUCGUUUCACCUUCUUCUUCUUCCAGAAAUUCAUUUUCAUCUUCAUCAGAAACAAAAAAAGAAAAUUUUUAUUUAGUGUCGACUGCACCACUCACGCAACGCAAGAUUCGUCUGCUCUGCGUUUGACUCUCCUUGGCGCGCGCUCAACUGUGAUUCGUGUAUUUUUCCCCGGUUCGUCGAUCGGGUUUUCUUUUUGGGGACAAUCGAAAAAGGGGCCGAGCGAAACUUUUGAAAAAGUGUUUUAAGGUUUUGAUUUCAUUUGAACACCGGCCAACGGCGGGAGUUUCGAAUCCGUCGGGAAAGUGCGUGAAUCGAUCCAACCGCACCAGCGACGAUCGAAUAGUGGCCGAGGAUUAUUGGUGACACACGCGUCAAAAUUUCGAGUUGAAUUCACCCGCCGAUUUAGGCCUAUGAAUAAUUCGCCCAUCCAGUGAUUUUUUCCCCCAAUCGCCCGGGGAAAAAAAAAUUGGAAUUGUGCGUUCGUUAUUUUGACGCGAGACGACAUCAGUUUCGUGGAGUUUGAUCGUUUGACAUUGUGCUCCGCUGGUCGAGUGCUGAGAGCGGCCCGAAAAUUUCGCCCUCGUUGGUCCUCGUCGAGUCCGAGAUGCAGACGGAACAGCAGCCUCUCCUCUUAGGUGGAGGGCAGCAUCACCACCACCUACACCACCACCCGCUGCAGCAGCACCACUCGUCGGUGUCGGCCGUGACUGUGGCCGCUGCCGUGUCCGUCGGUCCCGGUCCCAUCGUCCCGUCUUCGGUCCCGGGUCCCGUCCGCACCGUUUCCAGUCACAGCGGAGUCGGAAGCCUGGGCGUCAAUAACUCUGCGACGUCCGGCAGCAGUUUGUGCGUGGGCUGCGGGUCGCCGAUCCAGGACCAGUACAUCCUGCGGGUGGCGCCCGACCUGGAGUGGCACGCCUCCUGCCUCAAGUGCGUCGAGUGCGGCAUCUUCCUGGACGAGAACUGCACCUGCUUCGUCCGCGACGGCAAGACCUUCUGCCGCCGCGAUUACGUCAGGUUGUUUGGUGCCAAGUGCGACAAGUGCGGGCUGGGCUUCAGCCGCUCCGACUUUGUGAUGAGGGCCAAGAGCAAGAUCUACCACAUCGAGUGCUUCCGGUGCGCCCUGUGCCAGCGCCAGUUGGUGCCGGGCGACGAGUUUGCCCUGCGUGACGACGGCAACCUCUUCUGCAAGGACGACCACGACCAAACCAACAACAACAACAACAACAGCAGCAAUCAGAAUAACAACAAUAACAACAACAACGGCGGGAAUCACCACCACCACGGCCAUCAUCACCACCACCACCACCACCACCUGGGCAGUGGCGGCGGGCAGAACAGCUCGUCGCUCAUGUUGCUGGAGGCCAAGAGCGAGCACCACAAUCAGAGCAGCAACAGCAGCAGCGGCACCGUUUCCUUUCUGCCCAUCAGCAACAGCAGCGUCAAAAGCCACAAAUCGAGCAGUGGACGCCAUAGCCGAGCCAAUAGCAACGACUCCCACUCAGAUAGUUCCGACACUUGCAUCACGACGUCGACGCGGAAGGAGAGCGGCGAGCGGUCGCGGGGGGCGGGCAACAGCAAAGGCGGAAUGGGCGGCGUCGGCGGGUCGGGCGGCGUCUCUGGCGGCGGCGGCGGCGGCGGGUCGGACGGCAAGCCGACGCGAGUCCGCACGGUAUUGAACGAGAAGCAGCUGCACACGCUGCGCACCUGCUACGCGGCCAAUCCCCGUCCCGACGCCCUGAUGAAGGAGCAGCUGGUGGAGAUGACGGGCCUGUCGCCGCGGGUGAUUCGCGUCUGGUUCCAGAACAAGCGCUGCAAGGACAAGAAGAAGGCCAUCCUGAUGAAGCAGAUCCAGCAGCAAGAGAAGGUAGGCCAUCAUCCUCACCAUCCUCACCAUCCUACUCACCUCGACCACUACUCGACCACCACCACCACCACCACGGCCUCCUCGACGGGCAAUUGCAACACCUACUACCACAUACGGGCGAUGAUGGAACAGUCCCAGUCUCAGCACGCUUCCGUUCAUGUCCAUCAUCAUCCGCACGACUGCGACUCGGAGGAUCAAAUCGAAGACGGAAGGAAGCUGGGCUUUGGUUCAAUGCAAGGCAUCCCGCUGAUCGCGUCCAGUCCAGUCAGACACGGCGAGUCGUCGCCCAGCGGAGGCAGCGGCGUCGGUGGCGUCGGCGGCGGUGGAGGAGGAGGCGGAGGCAACGGAGGAGGCGGAGGCGGCGGCGGGAUCAAUCCGGUGGAAGUGCACGCCUUCGCCCCGCCCUGGAAGGCCCUGGCCGAGUUCGCCCUGCACAACGAUCUGGAGCGCAUCGAUCCGUCCGCACCGCAUUUCCAGCAGCUCAUCAAUCAGAUGCACGGCUACGAUAUUCACGGUCCACCUGAUCACCUGUCGCAUCACCACCACCAUCACCACCACCCGCUGCAGCAUCACCAACAGCACGGCCAUCAUCACAUGGGCGGCGGCGGUGGUGGAGGAGGUCCCAUGGAAAUGGGCACCCUGGUGGGCGGAAUCCACCACGGCGGAGGCAUUCCGCACCACAUCGGAGUCGGCCCGCUGCAGCAUCCGCACCAACAGCAACAGCAGCACGAUCCGUCGGACGCAUUCGUCCAGUUUCUCGACUCGGAUGAGGACAGCAUGCAGCACGACGGUCACAGUCCGUGAACCGGAAAAUCAAUCGCCCACAACUUGUGUGUGUAAAUUAGACAAUAACGCAGCCAAAUUGAAUUCAAUUUACUAUUCUGCGGUGAAAGAAAAAAAAAAGAAAAGAAAAUUGCGGAUAGUUAUUUCACUCUCUCACUUUCCGGUGGCGCUCCUGUUUUCUUGAUUAUGACCGGAAUUCCCAGAAUAUUAUUUAUUUAUGAUCGGAAAAAGAAAAGUUGAAACAAAAAUUUCGAAAAUAAAAACAAUUUUUUUUGUUUUAAAUUAAAGUACAUGAACUGUACUGUUCAAAUGUCGCCGGUUCGAAUGACCAGUGCGGGAUAUUGUCGACAAACGAUUUUGUUAAUGUGUGAAACAAAAAAAAAAUUUAAAGAAAUUAAUUAACACAAAAAUAAUAAUAUUAGAAAUAAAACCAGAUGGGAAUAAUUUUUUGUUUGAUAUUUUGCGUGCCGUGUGCGUCCAGUGUUUCCAAGUCUGUGUGUUUGUUAUCGGUUGUUUUUAUUUUUUUGGAAAACAUUUUUUGAAUGAGCUCUAAACAUAAAAAAGGAAAAAAAAAAUACCCUGAUUGAUUGUUGCUGUCCAUUGAUACAUAACUCUGCGUCCUACUACCAUUACUACAGACCCGUGUGUGCGUGUUGGUUUUUAUUCCCCAUUUCCCUCCCCUUUAAACUAAAUGAUAUACAAGCGUGUCUUUGUUGAUUGAAAGGAAAUUACACACAAAUCAAUAAAUGGCAAAAGGAAUUUUCAGCGGA